AUGGCGCAGGAACCACACACCAGCUACACAAGGGCGAUGGAGAGCUUCGUCCUGCCCACCGCUUCCAUCGGGGCCGUGCCCUGCAGCACCAGGACAAGAAGCCCGGAGACCCUGCGUCCCUGUGGCCCCGCCAGCCUGCCCGCUCCUGGCCCCGCAGCCCCGCCAGACAGUGAGCUCCCUGCCCGCACCUGCACCGUCUACCGGCCCUGGUUCUCGCCCUACAGCUACUUCAUGUGCACCAAAGCAGCCGCCCAGCAGCACCUGGGCAGCCUCUCCUCCAGCCUGGCCUCCAGCACCCAGGAGCACGAGGAGCCUGAUGACCUCUCAGAGAUCAUCUGCUCCUCCUCUGGUUCCUCAGAUGAGCUCCAGCCCACUGAGAGGGACAGGCCGGCCAGGAGCAGAGCCAGCAUCACAUUCCGGGACAUCCUCGCCGCUUCCCAGUGGCAGCCGGUGCCCCAGCGCGGCUACCAGUGCGUGUCGUGCUGCCGCGUCUUCCCCACGCUGUGGUCGGUCAAGGCCCACAUCCAGCACAGCUCCCAGGAGGGCUACAGCUGCAAGGUGUACUACCGCAAGCUCAAGGCCCUGUGGGAGAAGGAGCACAAGGAGCAGGAGGCUGCAGCCCCCAGGGUGCCCGUGUAG